UGCAUUCUGUUUGCAGGAUCAGAUUUUUGAUCAGUUUAUUAUUUCUGAGCGCAGUAACAGUACCACAGCAUCAGUGGUGGACGCAGAAUGUGAUGCGUUGCAUCGUAUUCCUUUGUCCUGCCUACAUAGACUAAACGUUGAAUAACUCCGAAGUUAACGCAUAAAUGGAAGAGGCCCUCUGAUGUUAUUAUAUGUCCUCACCACUUUACUCACAGCAUCUUUUCGCGUUCUGUUCGUAGGAUCAGAGUUGUCGAUGACCACUCAGUCUUUCUCCCUCGGUCAGCAUGUCUGUCAUUAUAUCAGCCCUCGCUUUCGAACAAAUCCUUCAACAAGAUUCAAGAACGGUGAAUUGGUAGUUAAGUAUAGACAUUUAUGAUCUCCAGCCUUAACCAAAUCUCGAACUGCAAUUGGAGCAUGGAUUGGGAAUUGUCCGUUAUCAGAUAAUAGCCGUUGGUGUUGUUUUUAUGCGACACACCACUCCCAUCCACUUUCCUCUUAUUAGACGAUACAACAGCCUGUACAGUAUCUCUUUUGGACAUGAAGCAGUUCAC